GUGUAUUGUCUAGCUGAAGAUAUGCUCGAGAAAUUACCAAAUCAGUAUAAUAGCUUUGAAGUGAAAGAAGCUCUUCAAAGGAUGGGACCCUUGUUGCCGAUGAAUAUUUUUUUAAGACAAGAAGUUGAUAGAAUUCAACGAGUACUUAAAGAGGUAAAGUCUACUUUAACAGAUUUAAAGCUAGCAAUAGACGGAACAAUUGUUAUGAGCCAAAAUCUUCGAACCUCGUUAGAUUCUAUGUAUGAUGCUAGAAUUCCGGAAAGAUGGCAAAAGAUAUCAUGGGAAUCUGCGACUUUAGGAUUUUGGUAUACAGAAUUGUUGGAACGAGAUGCACAAUUCCGAACAUGGUGUCAAAAUGGUAAACCGAAUGUAUUUUGGAUGACAGGUUUCUUUAAUCCACAAGGUUUUCUCACGGCAAUGAGACAGGAUGUAACUAGAGCCCACAAAGGUUGGGCGUUAGACUCAGUAGUACUCCAAAAUAUGAUUACCAGACAUAGUAAAGAAGACAUCAAAGAAGGACCGGCUGAAGGUGUAUACGUUCAUGGAUUGUUUUUGGAAGGCGCAGGUCUAGACAGGCGAAGCGGCAAAUUAAUAGAAAGUAAACCUAAAGUUCUCUACGAACAAAUGCCAGUUAUUUUUAUUUUUGCCAUUAAUACUACAGCUGGUAAGGAUCCGAAGCUCUACGAAUGCCCAAUUUAUAGAAAACCACAACGAACUGAUCUGAAAUAUGUAGGAUCCAUAGAUUUCGAAACUGAUCAUAAUCCAAGGCACUGGACAUUACGUGGAGUUGCACUGUUAUGUGAUAUUAAAUAGAUAUCUGUGAUAGGUUUAGUUAUUAGGCUCUUAUUUAUAAAAAUAAUAAAGUUUUGGUAGCACA